AUGUGGUUGUCCAACUCCGGCGGCUCAUGCUCUUCUCCAGUGCACUCUGCCCGUUCAAGAUCGGGAGAAUCGUGGUCCUGCUGGGCCGACAGUGACCUCUCCGAUCCUGCAGGCCACCACCACCGCUCCCCCUGCCAGCAACUCCGCCGACCAGCUGUCGCCGCCUCCGGCAUCGACUCCUGCACCCCUGUCGACGGCUAUGCCGACUGA